AAGACAAAGCUGAAGAUGAGUGUGACCACCGCGCUGUCGCUGUCGCUUGCGCUGAUGAGCAUCUCCCUCUCGUCGGUGUCGUCCGCAAAGGUUGGCAAAGGGUUGGAAAUUCCGAGUCCGCUCGCGUUGACUGUCACGACGCGUGCGCGCGCCCGCGCGCAGCUGAGGGUGGUGCAGACGGAGAGCGGCAGCGUUCAGGGUACCAACAAACGCACGGGACUGUUCACGUCCGUGGACGUGUUCAAAGGGAUCCCCUUCGCCGCUAGUCCCGGACUGUGGGAGAAACCGAAACCCCAUCCAGGAUGGGACGGGGUGCUGAAGGCCAGCAAGUACGCCGAGCGCUGCCUGCAGGUGUCGCUGUUGCAGACCAAGACUCGCGGCAGCCUGGAUUGCCUCUACCUCAACAUUUUUGUGCCUCAAGCGAGCAAACUGUCGUCCAACCUGCCCGUCAUGGUGUACCUGUUCGGAGGGGCCUUCCUGCUGGGGGCGUCCAACGACUUGGCCAUCCUGGGAGACUCGCUGUACGACGGCAAGGAAAUGGCCGAGCGCGGGAAGGUCAUCGUGGUGUCGGCCAACUACCGCGUUGGAACCUUGGGCUUCCUCAGCAGCGGAGACGCGCGCAUGCCAGGGAACUACGGUCUGUGGGACCAGCACGCCGCCAUCUCCUGGGUGCGAAGGAACAUUGCCGCAUUUGGAGGAAACCCGGACAACAUCACCAUAUUUGGACAGUCGGCAGGGGCCGCCAGCGUCAGCUUCCAGAUGUUGUCCCCGUACAGUAAAGGUUUGUUCCGGCGAGCCAUCACUCAGUGCGGCGUGGCCUUGAGUCCUUGGGCUCUGCAGAGGGAACCCAUGGCAAUCACCAAGAAGAUCGCCCGUAAGGUCGGCUGUUACCGGAGCGACGAGGACUUGAUGUUGGCGUGUCUUAAGAUGACCGACCCGGUGGGUCUCACCAUGGCGGGAAAAAUUGACAUCCUGCAACUGUUGGGCAACGGCGUGGUCAUGGAUCUCUUGGAACACGCCCCCGUGGUGGACGGUGACUUUCUCCCUGACCAGCCCGCUCGCCUUUUUCACAACGCCGCCGACGUGGACUACAUGGCCGGCGUCAACUCCAUGGACGGGCACAUCUUUGCGGGCGUCGACGUGCCCUCCAUCAACCGCAGGAAUGCAAACACCACCGUGGAGGACGUGAGGGGGCUCCUGAUGGGCCUGACCAAAGAAAAAGGGACGGCGGCCGUGGAAUCGGCAUUCGGCGUCUACUCCGCCCACUGGGGCUCGGCCCCGGAUCCGGCGGCGGUGAAGAAGACGGUGGCUGACAUCGAGACCGACUUCCUGUUCCUGGUGCCGACCCAGACGGCGCUUCAGCUCCACGCCAACCAAAGCGGCUCUGGCCGCACCUUCUCCUACCUGUUCAAUAUGAAGACGCGCAUUCCGGGCUUCCCCCGUUGGGUGGAGGCGGAGCAUAGCGAGGACCUACAGUAUGUCUUUGGCAAGCCUUUUGCGACACCGCUCAUCUACUUCCCGCGACAUCGCGACCUGUCCCGAUACAUGAUUGCAUACUGGACCAACUUUGCCAAGACCGGCGAUCCCAGUCAAGGAAACACUAAGGUUCCGGUCCCGUGGCCCGCCUUUGGCAAAACCCGUCGUCCCUUCCUGACCAUCAACCACAAGAUGACCAAGUCGUCCGUCGGCUACGACCUGAGGCAGAGCUACGUCGCCUAUUGGACCGAGACGUACGGCGCCCUGCCGUCAGCGCGGCCAGCGUGACCCCGACGCACCCGAGACUACGACCGCCUUUUGAGCGGCUAGCGAGACGACGAGCUACGAGGCGCUAUGUUGCCCGAUCAAACUUUGAUUGCUUCAGCAAAUCCAAUAAAAUCCCUUGAAGUGAAAGGAGCGGCGACACUUUUCAAGGAUGUCCGCGUCAAGCCAUCAAUUCAUCAGUAGUAGAGAAAUUGAAGUCUCGACUGGCACCUUCAAGGACCCCGAGCGCUCUCUUUUGGCCAAUGUGUCCUUGGCGAACGCAGGCGCUGGCACGAGACAAAACUCGGGUCAAUCUCUAUUCUUCUUUUAGGGACUGUUUUCAUCUGCAAGUGGCUGCUGGUCACAACAAACAAGCUCAGUGACGAGGCGAGAAAAGACGACUUGGCCUCAGAAAAGCAGCGCGGCCUCUAGACUAUAGAGCUGCCACACGCGCGGCAGCGAAGAUGGCCACGCUUUGCUCCGCCUGGGUGUUCAACGCCGCCGACCGGGGUUGCGUGUGGGUUCUCGCGUGCAAAUUGAGCCACGCUCAAGAUGCACUCUCUCUGCAUGCCAGCACACACACACACACACACACACACACACAUUCUUGGGACCUUCAACUUUUCCUUCAAUAUGCACGGCCGCUGUUGUGGUCUUUCUCGGCAGGAGAUGUCGAGAAUCAUAUUUUGACUCGACUUUUCGUCCUUUGGCGCUCGGCAUAUGAGGGAGACUUCGCCGUCCGUGCAAAUUUGAAUUUACCUGCUGGAAAAAAUCCAAGGCGCCCAUUUGUCCAUCGCCCGUCCACAUAUUCAACAACAAAUAGGCAGACAAUGGGAGUCACGGACCUGCGUGCAGCCGGCCAACGCAAAAUUCAAGGAAAACACUUUGUUUCGUUUGUGCCGUAUAAAAUUUGUGCUGCAACGUUCUCUUAGUUAUGAGAGAUUAUUGCACAGGUCAUCCAGAGUUCACCCAGCCCCCCCCCAACAUUUACUGCCAAAUGGACCCAAAAUGGUGCCGUUCGUUUGUGCUGUCACGGUGUUUAGUGUCUUCUUGAAUUUAGGUUGUAAGAUCCAGGACCUACUGCGACCGAGGUCUCACUUUUUGGCAGGAAAGUAACUCUUGGAGCACGCCUGUACAUGUUUCAACCCAAACUUGAUUUGAGAACUUGCUGAGGUCAGCCACCCUGCGUCCUGUCAACAGCGGCCGGUCGUUUCUCAGACACCCCGUCGUCCACCCCAUUCUACUCCUUCAACGUUGUCGUGCGGCGGGCGGGUCACAAUUGUGCGUAGCUUCUGGUACGUCGUUUUUCUCGCGAAAAUAAGAUGGCAGCCAGAUCCGAUUUGGACUUGUCAAAGAUGAGUACGAUUUUGACUCUCACAUAGAAACUGGGAAAAAAAUAUUUUACGAGUUUGUCUUCAACCAAUUCAAAAUAAAUCAACACAAGGGAGAACAACAAAGCUCCUUUUCAGUA